AAACGGAAGAAGACGUGAAAGCAGGAACAAAGUACUUGGUAAUACUCCCGGUGCAUUGCUCGCCAGAGAAGCAUUUAGGAGGACACGCCAUAUAAUGUCUUUGGGGGUGCACUGCACCAGGAGCAUGGUAUAAUUAGUAAGAACCUUUUGACCCUGGCCGUCUGUGAGCCUCGCUCUCUCCUCCUCCUCCAUCGGAACAAACCGGAGAGGAAGAACAAGAAAUCCCUAAAUCGACCAAAUCGGCGAUCGAAACCUGUCGCUCGAUCAAAUCCCUCUUCCGACCUCCAAUGGAAAACCUAAGCGCAUACAUAUCGUACGAGAGGCUGAACGGAAUGGCGAACUGGGUGGGCACCAGCGUCGCGUCCGCCUUUUUCGCCUCCCUCGAGCGCUGCUCCUGCAUCAACCUCUCCACCUCCGAAGACGACUCAGACGAUCCCUGCGAGUCCAACGACCUCCCCCUCAUGUCCGGCAGCUCCAACUCCACCGCAACCGCCACCGCCACCGCCACCGAACCCCGCGACGUCUCCAACCUCCCCGUCUAAGCACUCCCCUCCCUCCCUCCAAUUUCGUCCCCUUGGUACAGCUCUUCUCCUGGUAGUUUUGGUGCUGAGUUUCGUCUUUGUUCGAUCCCCUCUGUGUUCCAGUAGGCUCUGUCGCUGGUUCUGUUUCGUGGUGUACGAAAUCGUUGGGCUUGUGACUGUCUUUCUGUUUGGACAAACUGUUAAGAGUCUUCGUCUCCAUCAAUCUCAUGCAGCGAUCGUUGUUUCUUGAUGUGAAAGUCGACUCUUUGAUGCACUCUCUGUUUCAAAUUUCACCAUGAAUGAAAACCUAUCACCUGUUUAAAAUGGGGAAA